AAAGAAAGGACAGAAUGAGACUGGAGGGGUUGUGUGGGGGGAAGAGACCCAUCUAAAAAAAGAGAGGGACAGAGAGGGGAGAUAGAGGGAGGAACUCAAGCACACAGGCGACAGAGGGAGAGGGGAGGGAGCAAAGAGGGUUACCUCAUAGAGAGCUGCUAGUGUGCACACGGAGCAGGGAGAAGUUGUGGGAAAGUAAACAGCACAGGAGAAUCCAAUCUGUUUCAGCCCCUUGCAGCCCCCGCAGAACACCAGAGGGAUGAGUGUACUGGAGCCGGUAGGGUGGUAAAAACUGAGAGUUUAUGGGAGGUAACCAGGAUUAAAGGGCCACCAGGGAGACCUGAAGCUUCUCCGAGGACAUACUACUGAAGGCAAGGAGGGAGCAUGUCGACUGUGAUGCCUCAACAGCAACCGCCAAAGGAGGAGGAAGAGGACGAAGAUGAAGAGCAAGGGGAAGGGUUUUCAUUUGAGGACAGUGGGGAUGAGGAGAAACCUCAGGGGGACAGUAAGGGCAUCCCCUCUGACUCUGUUGGAUCAGUCCAGUCAUCAAAAAAGGAGGACAGUGAAACAUCAGGAAGUUCAUCACUAACAGGCACAGACUGCACACAACUUCCUAUAACGUCGCCUCCUGCUGGACAGGAGGAGAUCCUCACCAAGGAUGUAGAUUCAAAUUCUACUGCAGAUGUUCCAGUCAAAGAGUCACCCAGCGGGGUCUCAGCAGCAGAGCCCUGUUCCUCGGCUCCUCUGGUGGGAGACGAGCUCCCUGGGCUUCCUGCGGCGCCGCCAGCUGUGGAGACGACGACUGAUUCAGGAGACCAAGGCGAAGAAAUCGAGAAAAGCUCCAGUGAAGCUCUACUCGCGGCUGAAGCUGAGCCAGAGGCUCCCGAGGUGAUCUAUGAUGAUGUUCCAAGUGAAGGCCCCCUCUCUCCUGAUGAAGAUAUGAUCUACGAAGAUGUUCAGAGAGACAGCCGUCCUCUGGAUAGAGACAACGGAUGGAGCUCCAGUGAGUUUGAAAGCUAUGAUGAGCAGUCUGAUAACGAGACCAAAUUACCAACACGAAGCAAGCUCUCUCCUGACGUGAGUCGGCUGAGGGAACGCUGUGCCAGGACCAAACGAGAGCUGGCCAUGAGACUCUCUGGCAAGCACAACUAUGACAUCAAGGUUCAGCAACUCAUGAAGGCGGCCAGAAGCGGAACGAAGGACGGGCUUGAAAAGACCAAGAUAGCCGUCAUGCGAAAAGUGAACUUCCUGCAGAGAAAGGAUCAACCGGGUAAUGCGGAGGAGGAAGAUGAUGCAGGAUACCUGGAUGUGGCCGUGCCAGACGUUAAGCAUCCUCCCCCACAGCUGAGCCCAAUGCCCGAGGGGCUCACCAGCCACCAGGUUGUCAGACGCCAUAUCCUGAGCUCCAUCAUCCAGAGCGAGCACAGCUACCUGGAGUCUCUCCGGAGGAUCGUGCAGGAAUACCAGAGACCGUUGAUGGAAGCCGAUCCACGCAUCCUGAGCUCGAGAAAGAUCCGGCCUAUAUUUUUCAGAAUGAGGGAGAUCACACAGUGCCACUCCAUGUUUCAGAUUGCUCUGGCGUCACGUGUCGCCGAGUGGGACAGCUGUGAGAAAAUCGGGGACUUAUUUGUUGCCUCGUUUUCCAAGUCCAUGGUGCUUGACGUAUACAGUGAUUACGUGAACAACUUCACCAACGCCAUGGCUCUCAUUAAAAAGGCCUGCUUGUCCAAACCGGCUUUUCUUGAAUUCUUAAAGAAGAAGCAGGCAUGCAGUGUUGACCGGAUCACUCUGUAUGGACUCAUGGUUAAACCCAUUCAGCGCUUCCCUCAGUUCAUACUGCUACUGCAGGACAUGCUGAAGAACACUCCGAAGGGCCACGUGGACCGCCUGCCCCUGCAGCUCGCUCUCACAGAGCUGGAGAUGCUGGCGGAGAAGCUGAAUGAACAGAAACGAGUCGCCGACCAGAUUGCAGAGACUCAACAACUAGCCCGCAGCGUCAGUGAUCGCCUGCUCAGUAAGCAACUGAACUCUGAGCAGGGGUCACUGGUCCUUUGUGAGACGCUCAUCGAGACUGUGUACGGCGAGCGGGGACAAGUCCUGAAGUCGAAGGAGAGAAAGGUCUUCCUCUUUGAUGAUGUGCUCAUCUGCGCCAACAUAAAUGUCAAGGGGCCCCCAGAUAUCAGCAGCUUGGUCCCAGUGGGGCCCAAGUACACCAUGAAGUGGAGCGCCACCCUGCAGCAGGUGCAGGUGGUGGAGGUGGGGCAGGAGGGCUCUCAAAGCAAAGACACCUUCUUCCAGCAGAGCGGGGCCAAGCGUCCAGGUGGAGCCUGCACUUCAGGUAAAGCGAUCCUUGGCCCUCCGCGGCUCUACCAGGAGCUGCAGGAGCUGCAGCACGACCUCUCUGUGGUGGAGGAGGUCACCCUGCUGGUGGGCACGCUGCAGGGGAUGUACCAGAACCUGAACACCACUGUGGCACAGGACUGGUGUCUGGCUCUACAGAGGCUUAUUCGCAUCAAAGAGGAACAGAUCCAGAGCGCUAACAAAUGUCGCUUACGCCUGCAGGUACCCGGCAGGCCAGACAAGUCAGGGCGUCCUGUCAGUUUCAUGGUGGUCCUCAAUACUCCAAACCCCCUUAGUAAGAUCUCCUGGGUCAACCGUCUGCACUUGGCCAAGAUUGCACAACGAGCAGAGAAUUCACCAGGCUGGUUGUGUGGAGAGGACGAGGGGAAGACGAUGGCCCCGUUUUCAUGUCCGCUGCUUGCCUGUCACAUGCCUGUGUUUGCUACAAAGUCACCAGAGAGAAAGCUGGAAGCUGCCCUCCACAAUCCUGUUCAGUGCGCGUUGUUGGGCUUCUCUGCAGCGAGCACCUCCUUACCUCAAGGCUACUUCUGGGUGGCUGGUGGAGAAGGCUCGCAUGGCCAGAUUGAGAUAUUUUCCCUCAACAGGCCCAUGCCAAGGACUGUGAAAAGCCUGCAGGUAGACUCAGCCGCCCGAUGUCUGGAAUAUGUGCCAGAACCUUCUCCGACUGAGGAAACUGAUGCAGGAGUUCAAAAGGCCCCGACAGGGAUCGGUGCCAACAUUUGUGUCGGAUUAGACGAUGGGCGCAUACUUGUUUACGGCAGUGUGGACACUACAGCACAAUGCCUGCUGACCCUCCACAACCCAGAGGGCUGCCCUGUGCUGUGCCUGAAGCACUCCUCUCGCUUCCUGUUUGCAGGCCUCCGGAACGGCACCAUGAUGGUUUAUGGAAGAAAUAAAAACGAUGAUUGUUGGGACCAGGACUCCUGCAGGUGUGUGAGAGUGGGCUCAGAACCGGUGCGGACCCUGCUGGUGUUGGACGACUCGGUGUGGGCGAGCUGUGGGAACUCUGUCACAGCCGUUGACAGCACCAGCCUCAACACUCAGACGUUUGAAGUGCACCCAGACAAAAUGAUCAGCGUGGCUCACAUGGCGUGUGCCGGUGGAGGGGUGUGGAUGGCAUUCUCCGAGGGUUCUUCCAUUCGUCUCUUUCAUACUGAAACACUGGAGCUUCUGCAGGAAAUCAACAUCUCCACACGCUCAACGCUGCUGAACACCGGUCAAAAGAACAUGCGAGUGACGAGUCUGCUAAUUUGCCAGGGGCUGCUCUGGGUGGGCACUGCCCAAGGCCUCAUUAUCACUCUUCCAGUCCCCAAACUGGAGGGCAUCCCCAAAAUAACAGGAAAGGGAAUGGUCUCUCUGAAUGCACAUUGUGGGCCUGUUGAGUUCCUGGUGGCCACCACCAGCUCUCUGUCCCCUGACCUCCUGAAGAGAGACUCUUUCGGGGACGGGCCGGACUCUGCGUUUGGCGGCGAGGAGCGCAGCGACACCUCGUCCCAGGAGUCCCUGCAGCAGUCCUACCAGGGGGAGGGGCGGGGCAAAGGCCGCGGCGUCCUGCUGCAGUACAAGCUGCGCUCCACAUCGGGACUGCCCGGGCGCCCGCUGACAGCGAUGGGCGACGAGGCGUCAGACUCCUCCCUGGAGUCCUUGGAGCACAGCGUGGAAGACGGGUCCAUCUACGAGCUCAGCGACGACCCAGACAUGUGGGUCCGGGGACGUCCUUGUGAGCGGGAGGGGGGCCGCAGGGACAGGGUGAUCUCUGCGGCGGUCAUCUCUGGAGGAAAGGGCUUCCGUAGACUGAAGGAAGGAGCGGCAGCCGGCACGAGGACGAGCGGGGAGGUCUUAGAGAAUAAUCUGAUGGUGUGGCAGCUCCCUCUGACAGUGUGAUAUGGAAAACAUACGGCAAGGUGAGGAGUAUUUAUAGCCGUAUACCCAGCUUAGCCUUGAAUCAACCGCUCCAUAUAUUCAAGGGAUUUGAAUAAACAUGUAUGAUGUGAAGGCGUCGCGGAGCUUGACAUGUUAUGAUCUAGCCUGUGAAUAAGGAAGCAGAGGCGCUGUCAGCCAAUAGGACGCUUUGAAUGUUUCGGGGUCGUGCGUCACCAGGCCGCCUCAGAUUAGCUCCCUGUGAUUGUUUUGAUCUGGUUCCUUCGUUAAGACUGAUAUGCCUCAAUUUAACCUCAUCAUGGCGCCGUGUGCUGUGCCACAUUAAUUUUACGCGAAUGACUUCUGUGCGAGCGGCCGUGGACGGCGCGCCUUUGAGAGGCAGCCUUUGUUGAAUCUGCCACGCUCUGCAGAGUCGGAGAUGGACAUCUUUGAUCUGAUCCUGGGGGAGAGAUCCCAUCUGUUUGGAGCUGAGAGCCGGGGACUUCCACCGCAUCACAAAGCACAUUAGCAUCACUUUAUUAGCUUUGCCAGCCUUUCUCUCAUCCCAUACAAUGUGAAUGUAUGAUACCUUCUAUUGUGUCUCAAAAUUGAAUCUGUGUUCUCUUUAAAAAAAAAGAAGAAGGAUUUAAUGUUUCCUGUUUGUUGCAGCUGUUGCAGAUAUCACUUUUGGUUAUGGAAAACCAUGGAAACAAGACUCAAAGAUGUUAUUGCGCCAAAUUACAGAAUCUACAUUUGCACUGUAGAAAUCCUGUAAGAUCUCCGAUUUCUGUUCAGGAAAAAGAAACUUCUUGGUGCCACAUUAUUUUGCCCAGAUAAAACACUGUUUUUUCCUUUUUUCAUGACAUCCAUCAGAUAAAUGAAACAUGUGCGCACAGGGUUGUGACACAGCUGGAAACCCCAGUUACACAUCAAAAGCAAAACUCUAAAAAUAAUAAUGAAUGAUAAAAUAAAAGCGCUACAGCUAUCGAAACUGCUAUCAGAUAUGUAUCAACAGUGAAAACAUAGCUCAGAGGGCCACUAAUUAUUCAUUAUUAUUAAUAACAAACAACAUGAUUCUGAUUCAAGAUGGUGUUUAAUGAAACAUAGCAUACAAUUAACAGACAUUGAUGUAUAUUAUCUCUGAUAUUUGCCAGGACCUUGCAUCAUGUGUCAUCAACACUUGUUUUGAAGCUAAUAUCUGGUAAAUAUUUGGAGUUUAAUGCAAACAUUAAUAUUCUAUGGUCAAGAAAUGAGCAUGACGUUAACAUUUUAGUGAUUAUCAUGUUUCAAGAUCAUUUGAAAUAUGACAUAGUCUAUCUUUAACCAGAUUUUUAAAACAUUUUAAACACAUUUAAGGUAUAAAAAUGCAUUGAUAUUCGGUCUGUACAAGCUCUUCUUUUUCGUUAAUCAUACAAUGAUGAGAUUUUGCCAAUAUAGCAACAGGAGUAUGGUGAAUCACAGCUGGUAUAAUAAGCACUAAGUGGUACUGUGUGUAAUAUUGCUAAGUGUUUGCUUCAUAACUUUUUAUUUGGAUCUUAUGGUAACAUUGGCAGGCUUUUGAACAUUGACAUCAAUCCUGCAGAUUAACAGUGCAUGUUCAGUUAGACAAGUGGGCGGAGGAAAAUCACAAAUACGAACGCAGCUUUGUGGAUUUUCAAUAAAAUGGAGAGCAGGUGAAGGUUGUGUUAUAUCACUUUUCUCCACAUAUAUGUCUACUCAGCCCUUCCGCCACAAAAGGAAUUUCAUCUUAUCCUUUCAUCACAGACGAAGCGCAAAGUUCAUGUUUUGUAUUUCCCUGCGGCACAUUCAGGUUUAUUUUCCCUUUUCUUCUUCUCCUGCUCACAACUGACUGCAUCAAAAGCAUUUAAACAUCCUGCCUUCAGCCGGAAUCACUGAAAAAAAAAAAAUGACUACGUCCUUGGAUGCUGUCAUCUAAAUGUAAAUCUCGAUGUCACGUCAGAAAUGUAUACUCUUAAUUCAUGUGCGAUUCAAUGCUGCUGGAUCCAUAACGCCAUGAUGGUCACUGCGGAGGUUGUUCGCUCAACCCUAACCAGGGGAGGCGUGUGUUUUCAUCGAGUUUCAUAAGCUUAUCAACUGAGAUACAGUAUCAUCUCCAACUGACAUUUGAUGGACAUUAUUUCAAACAAUUCAUCUUCUUACACUACAUGUGUACAGGUAUUAUCCAUGCACUGAAUAUUAAUACUUAUGAAUGACCGUACUGUACUACUAAUUUGAAAUGUUACUAAUUAAAAACCUGCAUUCCCUUUUGUAAAGAGGACUCUGCAACAGUGUUGAUGUAUAAAAUGAGAUUGUGGUGUUAAAGGAGAAGUCUAGUUAAUUUUUGAAAGGUUUGGCCAUCAUUCAACACAUACAGUGAGAUCUGUACGGUGGCCAACGGGUGCAAAUGCCCUACAACGGUGCAAAACAUUUCCAUUUGGAGAAAUUAGCUGCAGCUAAAGAAACGAUGUUAAUACAAAAGUGUUUUGCUUUUCAUUUAUGCAGCGCUUUUAGUAAACCCUGUGCAUGUUUCAUCAAGUUGGUGAGUGUUUUCUAAAUGCUGCACAUGUGUUGUCGUCAAGUUGGUUCAUUUGCAUGUGUUAAUGCGCAUUGGUGUUUUUUAUUUGCAUUGUUUUGAAACUGCAGCGCAGUUCUCCUAAUGGAAGUCUUUUGGGCCUUUGUAGCCAUUUGCACCUGUCGGCCUCCGUAGCUUUCAGAGAUUAUAGUCAGACCUCAAAAAAGAUGUUCACAUGAGGCCGUAAUCCUCUUCCAUACGACACAUACAGAUCUGGGAUUGAUGGAAACAUCACUAAAAACAAGUCGGCACUAUAAGAAACACAAACAGUCAAAUGAUCAUACAGGUUUUAAACAAACACUUUGCAUUUUCAGAAUUCUUGGUAAGCAACACAGGAAGAAACCUUUUUUUCAGCUACAUUUUCUGACAUCUGUCACAGUUUACACACUGACUUCCAUGUUCAACUUUGCCCUACCAUAGCACCGUUUGUUCCUGUGCGAUGAGGCGUGAUUACUGACAUGAUGGGUGCGUUGACCUUUAGUUUUACCACCUGUUGUGCACGUGUUCACAGCCUGUGUGAUCAUCUGGCUGCUCUUCUCUUAACCUGUCACAUCUUGUUGGAGGGAUACCUCACCGAUUGCUUAGGUGUGUACAAAAUGGAGAAGAAUUACAUUAAAUGAUGGCCAAAUCUGUAAAGUAAGGUUACAAAAAUUAUUAACUGGAAUGAUCCUUUAAGCAAGAGUAUUACACUUGAUGCCGUCACAGGCGUGUGGAAACACGCUGCUCAUUUCUCCUUGGUACUUUAAUGUUACAUGUCUAACAGGCGAAUGCUGAAUUAAAAACAUGUUUAAACUUGA